UGGUGGAGGAUCGCGAAUUGUCUGCACUGGGUCUGUGAUUCUUUGCUUGCACUUUGCGGAAGUUACACGUAUUGAGUCCCGCAAUGCCUAAAACGCUAUCAACCUCUAUCGCCUCUCAGCAGCUAGAAAUAAACCAUGUAUUAAUCGACAGUGUGGCCCAGCUCAUCAAUUAGCCAUCUACUGACCCGCACAGGCAUAUGAGUGUUGUGUACUGUAUUAUACAUUUUCACUAACCUAGUGUAAUCCCAGCCGACCUAGCCUAGCCCUAUAGCUUGAUCCAGUUUAGCUAGCCCAUGUCAGACUCUCUGCAAGCUACUAGCAUGAGACCUCGAGUGCAUAUAUCGACUACUCAUAGCCCAGCCAAUCAAUUAGCUGCAUUCAUAUUGGUUCGAAGCUUCUAGUGCACUGAGGGUUUGCACUUUAGUACUUUUUUUAUGGAAGGUUUUGUUCUUAUAUAGGUGUCGGAUGCUUUGGUGCAGCUUCUAUCUUUCUCUCCCAGCAUAUUCCAAGCAACGUAUUCACUGUGCUACGCCUCAUCGACCUGGAACGUUUAUCUUCUUCCCAAAUGGAAGACGUUCAGAAUGAAAUGAAACUUUCUCAGCUGAUUAACCACACUCAUGUUGCGAGAUACUUGUGCAGCUUUGUGGUUGGUACUAAACUGUGGGCUUUACAACCUCUGAUGCAUUAUGGCUCCUGUGCUGAUAUAAUGCAUUCUGCACAACCCUUUCGUAAUGGGUUUAAAGAACCAGUCAUUUCAAUUAUUUUGAGGGAUAUUGUCAGUGGACUACAAUAUUUGCAUUCACUUGGAUUUGUUCACAGGAGUGUACGUGCUAAACAUUUUUUGAUUCAUGAGGAUGGUAUUGUGAAACUUUCUGGACUCAGAAGUGUUGUUUCAAUGAUUGAGGAUGGAGCAAGGGUCAAGGCCCUACAUGGACAUUUCACUGGUACAGUGGAUAAUAUAUGUUGGCUGGCUCCAGAAUUGCUUUCACAAGAUCUCUCAGGGUACUCCUUUCAAUCAGACGUAUACAGCGUAGGGAUUGCGGCUUUGGAACUUGCCACAGGGGAGGCUCCAUUUGCUGGUCUUCCGGUUACAGAGAUAAUGAUGUUGAAACUAAGGGGUCAUCCACCUGUAUUGAUGAAAAAAGAUGAUGGAGAAAAGGAUGGUCAGAUAUCUACUCACUUAUCAAAGGUCAUAGAUCUUUGUGUUGAUCCUGACCCUUCUAGACGUCCCAGCCCUGCAAAGUUACUAAACACAUCUCUACUGAAGGUACGAAAAAAAGUUGCACCAAAUACAUUAAAGGAUCUUUUACUGCCUGUGGUGCCACUGGAUACAUCUAAACUUAACGUUGCUGAAACUGGACUUGAGAGUAUGUUGGAAGCACUGAACACCACAACCACAGAAAUCAUUUGGACAUAACAAUGUUACAAUAACAUCAAAUGCACACCAUGUAACCAAAUUUCCUCCAUCACACUGUUUUAAUUUCGUCAUAUAAAGCACUAUUAUAGGUAGCUUAAGUUCUUUGUUAACCUGUGCUCAUUCUACACCAAACUGUUGGUUUGAACAGUUAUUGUAAUACAUACAUGAUUUGUAGCACUUCUGAUGAAGGAUAGAUGUACGUAGUAGCAUGUACGUAUGAGUCAGUGGCCUUUAUAAACAAAACAUUUGCUACCACCACUGUAGAUGUGUGAUAUGUACAAAUACACAUGUGUACCAAGGGGUAUUUUCUGAUGUCUUUGUGGUGUUUCCGUUUGACUUGUUUAUCUGGAAUUCCCGCCUUUAACCUGGUCCACUUGCUCUCCCAUCUCCAUUCACAGUAUUUUUGUAUGAUUAUCAAACCUCCUGGAGGAAAGCCCAGGACGUUCUUUACUCUUUUGAGGGUAGUUGGUACUGAACAGGCUAAAAAGAAGUACAAAUGUGAGGUCUACCAUUUCCAGCAGAACCAUCUCUGCAGUAAAGUCAAACAUUUUUGUCAGACUGUUAGUAGCUUCGACUUCGGUACACUAAUAACAAACACCUACUUCUUGCACUUUUUGAUUCUUUUACAUAAAAGCCCUGUUUGAGGAUCAUGUUUUUGAGGACUACAUCUGAGCACAAAAUGCUUGCCUUGCCGUGCUAUAGCAUGAGCUUUACCAGGUCGGUCUGAAAUCUGAAAUGAAGGUCCCUAAGUACCUAUCUCACUGUUCUCGCCUCCAGCAUCCUUUACAAUAAUGAAGUAUUCUGUUAGGUCUUAAUUACUGACACAU